AUGCUUAUAAGCAUUAGAUUAGAGAUCGAAUGGGUGGUGUCGAGACGUAUUAGAUCGACUUUCCACUUUCAUUCUUUCUUUUUUUUUCUUUCUUUUUUUUUCUUUCUUCUUUUCUUUCGUUCGUAUAUAAACUUUGACAAACUCUCCUUUUCUCCAUUCAUUUCGUCUUUCUUUCUUUCAUACGUUAUCUUUGACCAUCUCUGCUUUAUUUUAUUCACUUCAUCUUUUUCGCUCUGUUUCUUUCGUUCUUCCUUCCUUCCUUAUAUUAUCUCUGCCUUUUCUUUCUUUUUUCUUUCAUUUCUUUCUUUCUUUCGUUCUUCCUUUUUUUCUUUCGUUCUCCCUUUUUUCUUUCUUUCUUUCUUUCUUUCUUUCUUUCUUUCUUUCUUUACCUCUGCCUCAUUACAUUUAAUUCGUUUUCUUUCUUUCUUUCUUUUAUUCUUUCUUUCUUACCUAAUCUCUUUCAUUCACUCCAUCUUUUUUCUUUUCUCAUCGUUUUUCUCUUUCUUUCUUUCUUUCUUUCUUUCUUUCUUUUUUCUUUCGUUCUUCCUUUUUUCUUUCUUUCUUUCAUUCUUUCAUUCUUUCUUACAUUAUUUCUGUUUUUUUCAUUCACGUCUUUUGCUUUUCGUUCGUUCUUUCUUUCUUUACCUCUGCCUCAUUACAUUUAAUUCAUUUUCUUUAUUUCUUUCUUUUCUUUUAUUCUUUCUUUUCAUUUCUUUCUUUCUAUAA